UGUAUAUCUACAUUGAAUGACGAACCGUCUUCUCUGUUUCAAGAUGACGCCAUGGCUAAUAGCAAUAUUUUGCUUGGUGACGGCAAGCUGCACCAACCCAAUGGAUCAGCAAACGUCCGAGACGAGUAACGACCAGCAGGUGGCGAUCCUGAAGCAAAUAAGAAAGGUCAACGAGGACGGAUCGUACACCUUUGGCUACGAGGCUGGGGAUGGCUCCUUCAAGGUGGAGAGCCGCGAUGUUUUAGGCAACAUCAAGGGCACCUUUGGCUUCGUCGACGCCGAGGGCGAGAUCAAGAGGGUGUCCUACUCCUCGUCAAACGGAACUGGUUUCAAGGCGACCACGGUUUCCCCACUGCAAGAACAGGUCUCGGUGGUCCAGAGCAUCCCUCGUCUGAACCUGACCUCGACGUCGACGCGAAAGCCGAGCGUCGUUUACGCGACCGAGGCCAGCGCCAGGUCUUCGGUGGUCCAGACCAUUCCGCGUCUCAGGAAGACCACCACGACCUCGACGACGACGACGAGCACAACGACGACGACCGAGCCGCCGUCCUCGAGGCCAACCUACAACGGACAUUACAUCAAAUCAUCACCGUCCAGAAACAGGCCUCGUUUCAGCCCGCACCAGCGUCCGGCGCCACUGGUGGUCGAGGAGGACACAGAAGCGGAGGACGAGGACUCCCAGAUCACGCGACCGGUCGUCGAGGACAAACGAGCCCCGGUUCAUCGGAGGUUAAUAUUCGCCAAGAGGCCGAUCGAACCGAGCCACUCUCUGCGUCCCAUCACGGAGGAGUUCGAGGACCACGAGGACGAGGUGAAAAUCACUACGGGCAACAACCUGCGGCGACAGCUCAACGAGGACACGACCAAGGCCGACGGCGCAACGGAAGAGGCGGUGGACGAGCACGGCGACGUCUACGGGGGCGCGUUGUCGCUCUCGAGGCCGCUAUUCACGACCUCGACGCCACCCCGGGUGGCCCAGAGGAUCGCAGGCUCGCGAGCCGAGCGACCAAAGACGAUCUACGUGAACCAGGACAACCUGGGCCCCGCGAGGUUCGAACCGAACUCAAAAUACGAGGGCCUUAGGGCGUAUGAAACUCGGGAAAAGGACCUCCAGGAACAGGAGCGGAACGCCCAGCCGCAGCAACAGGUCCUCUUCAGGACGCCCGUUCAACCCAGUCGCGACUACGCGAGGCAGAGUUCAGAGCCGGUCUACGUCAGGGAACAUCCGGACCAGCAACAGUACCUCAGAGAAGUUCCACCCGAGGGUAUAAUCGUCGAGGCUCGAAGGGUGCCCGAUGACGAGGACCCCGCGUCCUACCGACAGCUUCCGCUGAGCAGAAUAAUAUUCCGUCCGCUUCCAAACCACCUUUUCCCCGAGGCCCAAGAGCAGACCCAGCCACGGUACUUGGCGGAGCCGACGGCGCCGGAGCAAGGUCCCAAACCGCGAGUUCAGGUCGGACCCAACUUCUUGCGGCCCCUGAUGAGACCUGUUCCUCGUCCACUGCCGUAUCCGGAGGACGAUCAGCAGUCUCCAGUUGACGAGGCGGACUAUUCGUCGGUCCAGGACUACCCCUAUAGGGCCCAGAAUGUUGCUCCACCCCCGGAACCCCUGCAACCCAUAACACCGCCUCUCAGUCGUCGCGACUUUCAGAUCCUCCUCCGGCGACUCCUCAUCAGUCAAUACGGGGCCCGAGCCCUGGCCCACCCUCGAACCUACCUCGAGGACGCUCUUUACGACGAGCAGACCUUCCCCACCUACCGGAACGACUAUCAGGCCCCGGUUCCACGGCAAAACCUCUUUCGAAACGGGUACGAACAGGGCCCGCUGCCCAACCAGUACGGCGAAAGACUCGCCGUCCAACCGGCGUCAGGAAGACGCCCGGGAUUAUCGAGGGUUCUGAACCCCGUUUACCAGCCCGGCAGGUACGAGGAUUAUCAGGAGCCCGCUUCUGGGUACGGGAAGAGGGUUUACAGGCAAAAGUUCUACGCUCAGGAGACGGAGAAUCCUGGAAAUGAUGAGGAAGUCCUUCCACCGCCGGUCAGGGAAGCUCUUCUGCUCAGGAUGCUGCAGCUCGCUAUCAACCCCGAUCGACCCGUAAUGGCACCGGCUGUUAUGGCUGCCGCUGCGCCGGCCCCGAACCCCUAUCGGUACAGAAAAAUGGGACCGGUUAGAAACGUGCAAAUAAUAUCCGAUGACUCUGAGGAGGAGAAGGAACUUGGACAAGGUAAAGGAGGGAUGUAGAUGUUUGGGCCUGUUUCGCAACACCACUGUUGGAUGCUGCUCGCAGAAAUACGGUACGAACAAUGGGCCUUGCGAGAAACUCGGUUAAUUGGGUUCGUCGUUAGCGUUGAGGAAAAAACAUACCGGGGUCACAAGGCUGGGAAUAUGUAUAAUUUUGAUGGAGUGGAACUAGAUCGAAGAAGAAUACAGAUGGGGGAAUUUAUAUAACAUCAUCUGGAUUCGUUAUUAUAAAAAGUUAGAUGUACGCCUAUUUAUGUAAUUUUAUUUUUAACGUAGUUAUUUUCCGCGUGAUUGAACGUUGUAAUUAGUAUAAAUAUGAAUUCCCUUUUGAUCAGUGUUCAUUCGGAGGUUGAGAAUUUGUUAGCUUCGUUCUGUCUAGACAGUAAUCAUAUGAGUAA